GUGUUAACUAACAACAUGAAGACCGGUGUAAAAUAUUCUGUUAUUUGGAUAUUCUCUCUAUUUUGUUAUAUAGAUGCGGCAUUUCGUUGUGACUACAAAUACAGCACGGGAGCGAAGGGCUGGUUCAAACAUGUGGUGAUACCAGCUACUUGGGCUGACGCACGACUGCACUGCGCGUUGGAAGGUGCAAUACUGGCUUCCCCACUAAACGCAGAUAUAGAAGCCGAGAUGAAGCAUGUCAUAAAAAACUUUUUCACGGCAGAAUCAGAAAUCUUCACGGGACUUCAUGCAACUGUUUCACCAGGCGACUUCUACAGUAUUGAAGGUAUAUCUCUAAAUGAGGUACCAUUAGCUUGGGCAGAAAAUGAGCCAAAUAAUGCUGGGAAUAAUGAGAGCUGUAUCACGUUCAAUGGGAAUGGCGAAAUGGCAGACAGAUCCUGUCUUGAGACUCGACCUUACAUCUGCUUCCGUUCAGGUGACCUUAAGUCUGACGCCAAUCAUUGUGGAACUAUAGAUCCUGAAUAUAGAUUGGAUCAGAGAACGGGCUCUUGCUAUAAGUUCCACACGGUACCUCGCACGUUCGAGCGUGCCAACUUCGCGUGUUCUGCUGAAGGUGGCCACCUUGCCAUAAUCAACGGUGAUACCGAAGCUACAGUACUGAAGGAACUCUUCGCAAAAUACCCAGCUGGAAAGAUGGUAGGCAAUUUCUGGAAGGACGUUGCCUUCAUUGGUGUCCAUGACUGGGGUGAAUAUGGGGACUGGAGGACAAUUCAUGGUAAAACCUUAGAUGAGGCUGGGUACAGCAAAUUCUCUUUAGGAGAACCAAACAAUUCCAAACCAGGAGAACGAUGUGGUUCCAUAUAUAGAUCCGGGUUGCUAAACGACCUCUGGUGUGAUAGGCCAGCACCAUUCAUCUGUGAAAAAUCACCGGACCACCCACCUGUUUGUCGUGCAUUAAAAAAUUAAAUAUCAAAAGGUACACUCGAUAUAAAGACUAAGGAAAGAAAUUAAUAAAACGAAAUCUAUCCGUCAGGACGAGACAUGGCAGUUUAAAUAUUUUGUAAAUCAUUUUUGUUUUAAUUUUUUGUAUUUAUAUUUUCUUGAUUUCGCACGUAACCGUGAUGCAAACAUGACUGCACUUAAUUUAGUAUUGUUAGAAUGCACUUUUUAAGUAUGUACACACACAUAUUUAUGCAAAUAAAG